UGCUCGAGUGUCGGCAGGACGAGCUACCAAAACUCCUCUCUCUCGCCGACUCCCUUCGCCCGGUCAUUCGAGCUUCUUCUCCUCCUUUUUUAUGCUCGAGCCGUCCGCCCUUGGCCGGAUCUGAGCAGAACCGACGAGACUCUCUCUCUCUCUCUCUCUGUUGCUUCCUCUCCUUAUAUUGAUCGCAUUGCUUCGCGGAUCUCAAAUUACCAUCUGUUGCAGUAGCCUCCGGUUUGCCCCCCAUCUCGCUUUCUGUUUCUGCGGGUUCUGGGAGCCCAAUGGCGGUGGAUCCCAGGCAGUUGGUCGCCGGAUUCCUCACCAUUGCAAUGUUCGCUAUGCUCGGCAACAUGAUCAAAAGAGACCACUUCGAUUCCGUCAAGGUGAGUCUUCAAGAAACAUCAGGAGUACAAUUUGAUGCUCUGAAGUCAAAAGACAAGUCUGCUACCCAAGUUUCUAAGGAGAGCAGCCUAGAGCUUAAACCUUGUUGGGCAAAACCAGUUCCAAAAGAGACGGAGCAGUCAAAAGGUUUCAUUACAUUCUCCUUAACAGGUGGUCCUGAGCACCAUGUCUCACAGGUCACAGAUGCGGUGGUCAUUGCAAGGUAUUUAGGUGCCAUUCUACUGCUUCCUGACAUCAGAGGAAGUGAGCUUGGUCAGAAAAGGAAUUUUGAGGAUUUGUAUGAUGCUGAUAAAUUCACUACAAGCUUGAUUGGUGUUGUGAAGGUUGUCAAAGAGCUUCCUUCUGAAGUAACUGCUGAAAAUCCUGCUGUUGUCAGGGUCCCCAAUAGGGUAGCUAAGGACUUUAUUAUAAACAAUAUCGAACCAAUCUUCCAAACAAAAAGUUACCUGAGACUUGCGAGUUUCUUCCCUUCAAUCAAUUUAAAGGCAAAGGGAAAACCUAAUACUGACUUGGAUUCAACUGCAUGCUUAGCGAUGUUUGGAAGUCUUGAAAUGAAGCAGGAAAUUUUGGAAGUGUCUGACAGGAUGAUUGAGAGACUGAAAAUUCUGAGUCGCAAUUCAGGAAGCCAGUUUAUUGCAGUUGAUCUUAGGGUUGAUGUGCUGGAGAAAAAGGGCUGCAAAGAAAAAGGCAAUGGAAAAAAACCUUGUUACACUCCCAUGGAAAUCAGAGACUUUCUAAAAAAGGUCGGGUUCAAUUCAGAUCACACAAUUUACCUAACCCAGACUUGGUGGCAUGAAAGCCUGAACCCUUUGAAGGAGAUGUUUCCAAAAACUUAUACUAAGGAUGAUUUAGUACCUGCAGAAAAGAAAGCUCACUUUCUCCAGUCAGGAGGUGCAGAACUACAGAGAGCUCUCGACUUCCAAAUCUGCUCCAAAAGUGAUGUCUUUGUGCCUGCCAUUGCUGGCCUAUUCUAUGGAAACGUAGCUGGCAAGCGAAUAGCUUCGGGUCGGACCCAAAUACUUGUCCCAUCGCAAGUUCCCAGCUCCUCUCCUAUUGCUUCGUCCAAUUUCAUCUCAACUUAUGUUUCCAAGAAGAAUCAUCUUGCAUACUCAUGUUUCUGUUAGCUGCAUGAGGAAUGAAACUAUCAGAGCAGCAAAGAGCUAAUUUCUGUUGUUGGAAUUUCUGCUACUGGGCUUUCAUCUCUGCAA